UUGUUUGGGUGGAUCGGGUUUCAGUCGACUGAGAAUUUGGAAGCAGUCUUGUGUUUGGUAUAAAAACAUUUGCAAUUGGCGACAGAGACAUCAUUCAGAGUUGUCUCACUGUCCCAGACAAACGAACUCCUCCUCACUUCUGCCAAGAUGUUCCGCUACAUGCUCGUCGCCUCCGCCGUUCUGGCCUGCGCCUAUGCCGCCGCUUCCUACAACACCGAUGCCACCGCAUAUGUAGUGAAGAACAGCGCUGACAUCCAGCCCGAGGGUCAGUACCAGUACCAGUACGAGACCAGCAACGGCAUCGCCGCCCAGGAGUCUGGACUCGGAGGCCACCAGGCGUCGGGUGGAUACUCGUACUACUCGCCGGAGGGACAGCUGGUCCAGAUCUCCUAUCUGGCCGAUGAGAACGGUUUCCAGCCCCAGGGAGAGCUCCUGCCCACUCCUCCACCAAUCCCAGCUGCCAUCCUGAAGUCCCUCGAGUACAUCCGCACCCACCCUCAGUACCAGGAGCCCCAGCAGCAGUACCAGCAGGUGCAGCAGCAGCAGUACCGCAGCCCAGCUCGCGUACAGAACAAGCGCAUCUACGGUUAAGCAGCGACGACAGUCAUUUGCUAAUGUUUAAAAAAGCUUUAUUACACUUUUUAAAUGAAUAAAUGUUAUUGAGGAGAAAA